AGUGAGUUUCCGUCAAGUACAGCGAUUUUGUUAAUGUAUCUUGAAAAUGGAAUCAAAGCCAGUGAUAGCUGAAUGGUUUAAGGGCAAGGAUGUCUUCAUCACUGGAGCCACCGGCUUUAUGGGCAAAGUUUUGGUCAUUAAGCUUCUCAAUGAGUGUCCAGAGAUUGGAAAAAUUUUCAUGCUAGUCAGGGAAAAGAAAGGCGUCCUCCCUCAGGCGAGAUUGCAGACGUUACUUCAGCAAGAGCCCUUCAAAUCGCUCCAACAAACACAUCCCUUUAAAGUGAAAAAACUCGUAGUCGUUUCCGGAGACUCCACGAUGAAGGAUCUCGGCCUAUCCGAGACUGAUAAGAGUAUUCUCGCCGAGGAGGUAUCAGUGAUAUUUCACAUGGCAGCAAACGUCAGAUUUGACCUUCCUUUAAAAACUGCAAUCACGAUGAAUACAAAAGGAACUGCCAAUGCCCUGGCAUUUGCGAAACAGAUACAGCGACUGAAAGCCUUCGUUCACGUAUCGACGUCGUUCUGCCAAUGCGGCGAAGAGGUUCUAGAGGAAAGAGCCUAUCAGACCGCAGUUACACCGGAAAGUGUUAUAUCUAUGGUGGAGAACGAAACCGAAGACAGAUUGAAGGAAAUGACCCCAAAACUUUUGGGGGACCAGCCGAACACGUAUGCCUUCAGCAAAGCCUUAUCGGAAGAUUUGGUCGUAAGAAGUGGUUUGCCUGCAGGUGUUGCUCGCCCGUCCAUUGUGACUGCUUCUUGGAAGGAACCGUUUCCGGGGUGGGUGGAGAACAUGAAUGGACCAACUGGACUGAUGAUCGGAGCUGGGAAGGGCGUAAUUCGUUCGAUGCUCAUGAGGGGUGAUGAUUACCUCCCUUUGAUUCCCUGUGAUAUCGCUGUCAAUGGAAUCAUUUCAUUGGCGUGGAAAGUGGGCCUCGAACAGCCCGACGAACCGAUUUUCAUGAAUAUCUCUGAAACGGGAUCGAAUCCAAUCCUGUGGCGAUAUGCUAUCGAGGUUGGCAGAAAGCACGUCUACGACUAUCCGUUUUCAGAUGUACUCUGGUAUCCGGGAGGAUCCAUAACUUCAUCCAAAGUCAUCUUUUGGGUGAACUCGAUUCUCUUCCAUUUACUUCCUGCAUACAUCCUGGACGGAUUGAUCAUGUUAACUGGUAAUAAACCAUUCCUAGUACGAGUACAAGGAAGAAUUUCAGCUGGGCUUGACCUUCUGAAAUACUAUACUACGAAAGACUGGAUUUUUAGGACCGACGUUUUGAAGAAAUUGCAGGAUGAGCUUAGUCCAGAAGAUAGAAAAGCAUUUCCCAUGGAUUGUACAGACGUAUGCUGGAACGAGUAUCUAAUGAAUUACAUAUUGGGCAUCAGAAAAUACUGCCUGAAAGACGAUCCUUCGACUUUACCUCAGGCUCGACGAGUCAUGAAUUAUCUGUACAUUGCCGAUAGAUUUGUUAAACUGAUCCUCGGACUAUUCAUCGUUUGGCUGAUCUACUCGCGGUUUACUUCCGUCCCAUCGAGGAAUAAAACAUUAGUAGAAAUCGACGAUUUGUGAACGAUAGAAUACACGUUAUGUGGAAUAGAAUAUCUAUAGAAUACUCAAGGAAAUCGUCAGAGUUUCACGACAAAUCAUUUUGCAAUGUGCUCGAUCGGUUUAGCAGCAAAGCAUGUUGCAAAAAUCCGAGUUUACUGAUUUUAAUGAACAAUACAUCCUGCGUGAUAUCGUCAGAAGAUGCUCUCCUAUUAACAAUCGACAGUCUUCGUAACAUUAUUGUAACUAAUAUUUCAACCUUUAACGUAGUUCCAUUGUACAUAAUACGUAUUGUAAGCGCGACUUAUAGACUGAGACAUCUCCACCAUACUUUGCACUUUAGAUUUGCUGUGCAUAUUACGUAUAAGAUAUAUGUGUUACUUGGGGCAGGUUCUUUUUUUACCAGAUCUUUGUACGAACAGAGUCUAAUAAUUCCUUAUUCGGAAAGAGCACUGGAAUCGACGAGGAUCAUUAAUUGUGAAAUAAAAAUGAAGGAAUGGAAAUAUGACGAAACGAGAGUAAUAAAUUAUUCGGUUAUAUUUUAUUCCUGGUCUGAAGGCUUCGGUAAACAUUUUUUUUUUUUUUUACAAAAAUUGAGGAUCUCCCGAAUGCACUUUCGCUUUCUAGGAUUUUAAGUUCACAUAUACUCAUCCGUCGUUAUCCGUCUUAUUAUGUAUGUAUG